AUGGAUCAAACAGCUCCGAACGAUAUUAGGUUAACUGCUAGCGAGGUGCAAACUGUACUCAAAUCCUUAGAUGUUUCUAAGGCAACUGGUUCUGACGAGAUCCCGGCACGACUGCUCAGGGAAACAGCAGAAGUAAUCACGCCAUCGCUGUGUCACUUGUUUAAUAAAUCACUUAGUACCGGCUCUAUACCCCGCGAGUGGAAAUUGGCUAAUAUAGUACCAGUUUAUAAAAAGGGAGAGCGUGAAUACACCGAAAAUUAUUGACCAAUCUCGUUGUUGCCAAUAACAUCAAAGGUUCUGGAAUGUUGCGUCCUAAAUAAUGUGAAAGAUUGGCUUUACGGCCUAGUUAAUGAAUGUCAGCAUGGAUUUCUUAUCGGAAAAUCCUGUGUUACGAACCUUAUCAAAGCUUUAGAUUACAUUGGAUCUGUCCUGGAUAAAGGUGGACAAAUUGACACCAUCUACCUCGACAUGUCAAAGGCUUUUGAUAAGGUUGAUCAUGGACUGCUUAUAACCAAAUUGCGUGGGAUGGGAAUUAGUGGAUCAUUUUUGCAAUGGUUGACAAAUUACCUGACUGACCGCCAACAACGAGUUACGGUACUUGGAGAAACAUCUGAUACGAUACCUGUAACUUCUGGGGUGCCCCAAGGUUCACUGCUGGGACCAGUGCUAUUUUUGCUCUUUGUUAACGACCUUCCGGAAACUGUUAUAUCGCGUAAGACAUCUAUGUAUGCUGAUGACACAAAAGUAUUUAAGGCAAUCAAAGUACCGGAAGAUGCUUUAGCUUUACAAGCAGAUCUAACAAGUGUAAGUAGGUGGUCGACAGGCUCGGGAUUACAGUUUAAUGGGGAAAAAUGUCACGUACAGUCUAUAACUCGCAAAAAAAGUCCAGUUAUCUCUACCUAUACAAUAAAUGGGGUGCCACUUAAAUCGACGCGGUGCGAGCGGGAUCUUGGUGUUUGCGUUUCUUCAGACCUCAUAUGGAAGGAGCAGGUUAUGGGACAAGCUGCACAUGCAAUGAAACUUCUUGGUUAUAUUCGAAGAAACACGCGUAGUAUCAACAGUACAUCAAUUAGGAAAUCAAUGUACCUUGCGUUGGUUCGCCCACACAUUGGCUAUGCUACGCAAAUCUGGGCACCUCAAUCCAUCGACCUCAUAUUAAAACUCGAACGAAUCCAGCGAAGGGCCUCAAGAUAUAUUUUAAACCUACCAUUCAGCAGCUGUGAAGAUUAUAGUUCAAGGCUACAGUCACUGAAUCUCUUGCCUAUAUGCUACUGGCAAGAAUAUUUAGACCUUGUAUUUUUUUACAAAUCAACCCACGGCCUGGUGAACUUGAAUCAAUCUGUUUUACCUCAUCUCCGUAGUACCAGGUGCACGCGAUCAACGAACACUGAUAUCGUAAAAUAUGAUGUUCCCAAAUGUAAAACUACUACAUAUCAACACUCGUAUACCAUCAGAGUCACUCGCAUAUGGAACCUUCUAGCUAAAGAUAUAAGAACAAGCACCUCUAGCGAUAGUGUGAGCGUCUUUAAAUCAUUUUUAUUAACUUACUAUUUUACUGCUUUAAAGAAUACUUUUAAUAUAGACGAUCCUAGAACUUUUAAAACUAUUUGUUGCAAAUGCAACACAGCUCGUAGUCUCCGAAGGGAGGUUGUCUGCUGUUUUUAACUAGAUAUUUCUAUACUCAUACUUAAUUAAUCUUAUAAUAAUGUAUAUAUACCAUAUAGUUAUAGUGAUAUCUAUGUAAUAUUAUUGGGACCGCUGUAAUUGGCCUCAAGCUGUUGCGGUUGCCCUACCAUAUUUGGUAAAGCUUUUAAAUAAAUAAAUAAAUAAAUAAAUAAAUAAAUAAAUAAAUAAAUAUGGAUUCUGUGGUGAACAAGUACGUACGUAAAUGGCUUGAAAUACCUAUAUCAGGAACUCUAUCUAACGUCUACCUUACCAGUAGCAAGUUUGGUCUAAAUAUCUACCCGCCGUCAAUUAAGUUUGUUCAGUGCCAAACAGUUGCUCGUAACGCCUUAAAGACCUCUCCAAAUCAUUCCAUAAAAGACCUCUGGAAAACAACAUCUGAAAGCAAAAACAUUCAGUACGACGUAUACACCUCGACAAAGGAAGUCCUUAAAACUUUUACCUCCGGACAAGAAGACAAACUGCAGAAUCAUCUGAUUUUGCAAGGCUCCUUCUUCUCAAAUGUCAUUAAGUUUUCACUGUCGAAAUUAAACGGUAUAUGGUCUAAAUCCCAAUCAAACCUCCCAAAGAACAUCUAUAACUUCACCAUUCGUUACAUUAAUAACUCACUUCCAACUCGUAAAAACCUUACUAAAUGGGGAAUAUUGUCCAACUCUGAUUGCUCCUUCUGCUUAAACCCUGAAACCCUUUUACACGUAGUUGCUGGAUGUCAAACGUACCUCCCACGAUUUACAUGGAGACAUGAUUCUGUUCUGAACUUCAUAGCACAAACGCUACAACCUGUAAACAACUUCAAUCUUUUCGUCGAUCUUCCUGGUUAUAAAAGCCCAUCAAUUGUAACUGGUGACACAUUCCGCCCAGACCUACUUCUAUCUAUCAACUCGGAUUGUCUCUAUAUCCUUGAACUUUCUGUUGGCUAUGAGUCUAAUCUACAAACAAAUGUUGAUCGGAAAAGAAGAAGAUACGAAGAUCUCAUUACACAGCAAAAGAAACAAUUUAAGUCCGUAAAAUUUGUAAAUUUGUCAAUUAGUUCUUUAGGGUUUUCUCAAAAGAAUGUCAUUCCUUUUUAGAUAUGUUAACUGAUCUAGGUCUUGAUAAAAGACACCAAUAUUUCGCUAUCAGGAAAAUUAUGUCUAUCGCGAUUAGGACAACAUAUUAUAUAUUUUGUUGCAGAGAUAAGGACUGGUUAAAUCCGGAAUUACUGAACAUUUAAGGAUACUCAUUAUUAAUAUAUAAAUAUUAAGUAGGUUCAAGUAGUCAAUUAUAAAUUACCUAAAUUAGUGAGAUUUAUAAUUGUGUAUAUACGUAUAUAAUUUCAAUAAAGUUUCCAUUAUUAUUAUUAUAUAAUAUAAUAUAAUAUAAUACAACAACAUGGCGGACAAGGUCAUGGUUUGAGGAGUUGCUGUGAUCUACAAUAUAUUGAAGAAAAUUGUUCUGACUUUACUAAGAACUAGCCUUUAUUUAUAUGUAGUUAUGAGCAUAUCGCUACAAGUAUAAAACCAAGUGAGAUACGUGAGGACUCAAUGCCGCCUAAAACGAAAGCUUCGCAGAAGCGUACAAAAUGGACAGACCAAAUGAUCGCUGAUCUUGUGAUAUGUCGAGCAUUAGCUCUAGCAAAACAUGCAGAUACAUCAAAUAUGGCAGAAAAUGUGAGCGGUAGGCGAAAGGGUUAUAUGGAAAUAAUGAAAGAUUUGUGGGAAGAGAAAGGGUAUGCAUCACAUCGGUUCUCAGCUCAAAAUCUACGAAAUAAAGUAGCACAAGUUCUAAAGAAUAAAGAAAGAAAAUUGGCGGAUACUAACUGCUCGAAAGACACCAGUAACGUAUCUAUAAAUUUCUCUGAAAACGAUGUGUUUGAUUCGCCUCAAAAUCAAAACAACCAAGACGAAUAUAACAAUGUAGAAAUUGAACCUGAUAAUGACGCUGAUGUUAAUAUAAUCGGCCAACUAAACAACAUAAAUGGCCCGGUUUUAUCACAUGCAUCUAACAACUUUCAAUGGGGAGAAUUGAAUAACGAGUCAUGCGUUCAUGCUCUAAAUGACGCAUAUGAAGAAAUAGUAUCCUGGAGAAGAAAUAUUUUUAUCUUUCCAUCGGGUAAAGUCGGGAAAGCGUUUAUCAAAGAGUUAGCUCGUUUAUAUCAGGCGUAUGCAGAUGAGUCGCCACUUGAAUGUAUUGCUAUUAAAGCGUGUUCAGUGAUGCAAAGCGCCCUACUACAAAAGCCUCACGCGAAGAGUAAAACCAAAGACCAUGUUGCUUGCUUGGAGCGUAGACUUUGUUUAUGGACAGAGGGUAAAUUAAAAGAAUUAAUUUUGGAGGAAAAGUGCAUUCAAAAACAUUUAUUUAAUUCACCUGCUUCAAAUUUAACAUCGGAAGGCGAAAUGCAAAAUAUUGCAAGGGGCUUCAAUCGUUUAAUGCUGCAAGGCAAAGUUCGUCAAGCUGUCAAUCUAAUUUUCAAUGCAAAUCGUCGAGGUUUUUUAAAUAUGGACACGUUAAUUCCAGCUGGUGAAGACAAAGAGGGUAAUAUUCAAUGGAAAACAACUAGAGAAAUUCUUAUGGAAAAACAUCCACCGGGGCGUAUUCUCAGCGAUGGCAUCCUUUUGCAAGGUACAAAUUCUGACGAGAGUUACUACGACCCAAUUGUAUUCGAAAUAAUAACCGGUGAUUUGAUACGUGAAGCAGCUACUAAGAUCCAGGGCUCUGCUGGCCCGUCUGGGAUCGAUGCGUAUCUGUGGCGCCGCUUCUGCUUGUCAUUUAAAACCGCCUCUACAGAUCUGUGUAAUGCAUUAGCUGGGGUUGCUAGACGUCUAUGUACCUCAUCAGUUCACCCUGAAAGUCUUUCUGCUUUUCUGGCAUGUAGACUUAUUCCCCUGGAUAAGAAUCCUGGUAUACGUCCUAUUGGUAUAGGUGAAGUGCCACGAUGCAUUAUAGCCAAGUCAGCCCUUAGAGUAAUUCGAGAUGAUGUCCAAGAAGCGGCUGGUCCCUUGCAAACAUGUGCAGGUUAUGAGGCAGGUUGUGAGGCGGCUGUUCAUGCCCUUAAUCAGAUUAUGGAUACAGAAGAGACGGUAGCAUUGCUGCUUGUCGAUGCUACAAACGCUUUUAAUACACUAAACAGGCAAGCAGCAUUACAUAACAUUCAAGUUAUAUGCCCUGCGAUAUCGACCAUCUUAAAUAACACUUAUAAGGCUCCUGUGAGGAUGUUCGUUGCAGGAGGGGAAGAAAUAGCUUCAAUGGAAGGCACCACACAAGGCGACCCAUUAGCUAUAACCCCACUAAUCAAAAGAUUAAAGGAACAAGCUCCCAAUGCAAGUCAGGUAUGGUUCGCAGACGAUUCCAGUGCAGCAGGAAGAUUAAGAGCCCUCAAGGUUUGGUGGCAGCACUUAACAAUACUUGGCCCCGAAUUUGGCUAUUUUCCAAACGCAAGCAAGACAACAAUGGUAGUCAAAGAGGAGUUCUUUGAUCAAGCGAACGAUUUAUUUGAGGAAACUGGCAUCAAGAUUACCACUGAUGGUCAUAAAAUACUUGGUGCUGCCUGCGGUAAACGUUCUUUUGUGGACGAAUAUGUAGCUGAUAAGAUAGACGAGUGGGAAGAAGAAAUUGAGAUGUUAUCUAAAAUAGCUGAAACGUAUCCACAUGCUGCAUAUACCGCAUUUACUCGUGCUAUUGUGUGUAAAUGGCAAUAUCUUAUGCGAACGAUUGAUGGUAUCGGUAGCAUGUUUCAACCGUUGGAGAACGCUAUUUCGGCGAAACUCAUUCUGGCUUUAACGGGCAGAGGACCUUGUUCCAGCGUAGAAAGAACAAUACUCUCUUUUCCAACGCGUUAUGGUGGGCUCAACCUUGUUAAUCCUGUUGAAGUUGCGAAUAGUCAUUAUAACGCAUCAUUAAAGAUUACUGAACCUCUGAAGAAGAUGAUCGUUUGCCAAACGACAACUUAUAAGAAAAUUUAUCUACGCGACAUAAAAGCCGAUCUGCGAAGGCAAAAGAACCAGUACCAUCAGCAACUAGCCACGGAGGUCAGAGAAAGCUUGCCCCCAAUAAAGCAACGGACUUUAGAUUUGUUGGAGCUGAAAGGUUCAUCAUCAUGGUUAUCUGCCCUACCACUGAAAGACCAAGGCUUCAGUCUAAACAAGGGCGAGUUUCGUGAUGCUUUGAGCCUCAGGUACGGAUGGCAACUGAAAAAUCUUCCCCAAUAUUGCAUAUGUGGAACUAGUUUUUCGACCGAUCAUGCCAUGAUAUGCCCACACGGAGGAAUGACUAUAUCUCGUCAUAACGAAAUCCGUGAUCUUACCGCUGAUUUGAUGAGUAAAGUAUGCAGAGAGACGGAAACCGAACCACCAUUUCAGCUCUUAUCUGGAGAGAUUAUCCUUCCCCGUUCCGCGAAUAAACGAGAAGAUGCCCGGGUCGAUAUUAAGACUAUCGGACUUUGGGGACGGCAACAAAUCGCAUUUUUUGAUGUUCGGGUUUUUCAUCCCAACGCGCCAAGCUACCGUGACAAAAGUGUUGCAGCUUUAUUCCGGAAACAUGAACUAGAUAAGAAGAGAGAAUAUGGCGAUCGGAUAAGGGAAGUUGAAAAUGGUUCCUUUACACCACUGGUCUUUCAACAACAGGAGGUGCCAGCGGAGAAACAACAGUGGUUUAUAAAAGAUUAGCGGAACGUUUGGCCAACAAGCGGAAAUCUCCUUCAUUACAGUCGGUCGUGGCGUUCUUCAAGGCGAUUGUCUCAGUCCACUUUUAUUCAACAUGUCAUUCAAUACUUUCACACAACAUAUUAAAUCUGAAAAAUACCGUCAGCUUGGAUUUUGGAAAUUAAGUGAAAUUGGCAUUCCGUGCAAUCCUAUACAUUGGUUUCAGUUUGCAGACGAUGCUGCUGUCAUCAGUAGCCAAGAGAAAGAAAAUCAAAUGCUCCUUAAUCGUUUUACAAUCUGGUGUCAAUGGGAUAAUAUGAUUAUACGCGUUGACAAAUGUUCAACAUUUGGCAUUAAAAAACACUUAACUAAAUCUAUCCAGUAUUUACCCAAGCUUUUCGUUAAUAACGAUCUUGUACCCAGAACCGUCCGUCCAGAAAAGCCCGUCAAUUAUAACUGGUGA